ACAGAGCCUGCAAUGAAAAGCGAGACAGUGUUAUGUAACAAGUGAAGAGAGGUACGAAUAUCGCCUGCUAGCCUGAGAAAAAUUACAGCAGGACAAGAGUGUCAGAAAUACAGUGAGGAACCAGCAACGAUCAGAAUGUCUGUUGAUCCGGACAAGAUGGAUUUACCUUCACGGCCUGAACUGUUUGAUUUCCAUGGAGUCUCAAUGAUACAUGGUUUCACUGAUAACUGGGAGAACAUUCAAAACUUUCAAGCCAGGCCAGAUGAUAUACUUAUUGCAACAUACCCCAAAGCUGGAACCACAUGGGUCUCCUACAUCCUUGACCUGCUGUAUUUUGGCCAGACAGCCCCAGAGCGUCAGACAUCCAUCCCAGUUUAUGAAAGAGUACCUUUCUUGGAGAUGGUGAUGCCACCGAUGUAUACAGGACUUGACCUGGCGAACAACCUUCCCACCUCUCCACGACUCAUUAAAACUCAUUAUCCAGUCCAGUUUGUGCCAAAGUCCUUUUGGGAGCAAAACUGCAGGAUGAUCUACGUGGCCCGCAAUGCCAAAGACAACGUUGUCUCUUAUUUUCACUUUGAUCGCAUGAACAAGGCUCAUCCAGAUCCUGGAGACUGGAGCAGCUACCUCCACAGAUUCAAAGAGGGAAAGAUGGUGUUUGGAUCCUGGUAUGACCAUGUGAACGGCUGGUGGAAGAAGAAACAGACUUACUCAAACCUCCAUUACAUGUUCUUCGAAGAUAUGGUUGAAGAUACUGGACGGGAAAUAGAGAAACUCUGCCGCUUUCUUGGUUUGUCUCCUUCAGUGGAGGAGAAGAAACAAAUUACAAGUGGGGUGCAGUUUGAUAACAUGAAAAAGAACGACAUGGCCAACUAUUCUACUGUUCCAGUUAUGGAUUUCAAAGUAUCUCCUUUCAUGAGAAAAGGGAAGGUUGGUGACUGGAAGAACCACUUCACUGUGGCCCAGAGUGAAGAGUUUGAUGAAGACUACAAGAAGAAGAUGACGGAUCCCACACUUCAGUUUCGCACUGUAGUCUGAACAGGACGGGACAGACUGUGUAGUCUUUGACUGGAUGUGUGGCAUUUCUGUGUAAAUGAUCAAAUUAUAUUUGGCUCUAUUGUGACAGCAAAGGUGUGGAGUGGGUCCUCUUGUGCUUUUCGUCACAAUUAAGGCUGUGAACUACAUAUAAUGAGGCACAGUGUCAUUUCUGAUGCUUGACAUGUCUGUCAUAACAAGAGAAUACAUAUUAAAUAUUUGACAAUGAGCAUUUUAUUUACCAAUAAUCCUUCAACACAGAAAACAUGUAGGCUUGGAGUAUCAUGUCCACUGUACUACCCAAAUAUAUGUUAGAUAGUGUGUGACAAAAGAGCAGCUGUAUUACACCAUAUUUACUGAUACAAAUAAAUAACUACAAAAGAUCAGUGAGAUCAAUAAAAUAAAUGCAAAGAUUUUCAGAUCCAUAUUUUAUAUUUACAAUAAAACAAUAAGAACUCA